GGGGGGGGUGUCACUGAUUUGUUCUCAUUUCAAGUCUUGUUUUGAAAUCCGGACCGGAGCGGAUCUCCAGGAGUCUGAAGUCAAAGUGUAAUUAUGAGUGCCAGGAAGGUUGCAGCAGGAAACCCAGAUAAAUCUACUACUUUCACAUUUGUACCAGAGGUGCACAGAUUACCUGCUCAAGUCAUUUUUACCGCGGAGGAUGCGUCCAAAGCUCUGGCUGUAAAAUCAGAUAAGAACCCAGUUGGGUCCCACGAGAGGAAUAUGUGGGAGACCAUGCCGGAACGAGAGAUUUUUAAAGCCGAGAGAGUCGUUAUCAAGGACUCCGUAGAAGAAGGAGCGAGACACAUUAUCCAGCUGGAUACACAACCCCGAUUGAAGUCCAGUCCGGGUCAUAAGAUCUUCUCUCAAAUCAAAGCCUCGCCUCCAGUCAGCUCUUGGUCUGAAAAUACAUCCAACCACGUAGCCUCUGAUGUGGUCUCCAUGGAAACGGGUGUUGACAAACACAAGGAUGUUCACCGCGCUCAAGUCAGCUCGGGUUGCUCUGAGAACAGAGCGUCAGAGGACAGGGUGAGCCCCACAAACUCUGCAGACUUGUUCCCCACCCCGACGUCCUCCAGAGAGUCCAUCCUCUCGGAGUGUUGGGACAAAGAAAAAAGCUGGUUUCAGCCUUCGUCUGCCACCUCUCCAUACUCUUUCAGCCGCACAGUGUCUCCCUGCUCCUCUGUCCGCUCUGGAGCCUUCACUCCUUCUGUUAUCCAGAUCAAGAAGCACUUUCUUGCUCCAGGCUCCAGUCUAGUUAACAUCCCUCAGACUUGUUUCUCAUCUUGUGAUAGCCUGUCGUCGUCUGUGUGUGCGCAGACACCGCCUCUCCGACACCGGCCUCCUCUCACCCGACUUUCCCUCCUCACUGCCAUCCUCAGGAAAGGUCGGCUCCCUGUCUUGUCCACGGCACAGGAGAGGCCGUACACCCCGUGCUGGCCUGUCAACCUUGUGAGCCUGUCUUUCUGUAACGCGUGCUCAGCUGCCUCCAGUGUGGCCUCCAUCCCCCUCCAGCUUUCCUCUCAGUUCUCCUCCUCCACCUCAAUUGACAGUCAAAACCAAAUUCACAGCAAAAACUGUGUCACAGCCUCAGACAGAAGAUGGCCUAAGAUGGAAAGACGUUCAGAGCAAAUUUGCCCAAGCAGUGAGCUCAGGCGGGAGCAAGUUAUUCCGCUUCCACCCGUGAGGAACGGCACGUUCCCCCGAACUCCUCUGCCUCUGUUAUCAAACUUCAAUUCUGCCUCUCCACCAAAGCAUGACAAUUCAGAUUUUGUUGCCUCAGCUUACAGCUCCUUUUCCAAGCAUAGCAACCCACACGCAGAUCCCAAACCUAAAGAACUCAUCUCCACCCCCUCCAAACUUUAUAACGAGGAAAUUAAACGGACACCUCAAUCACAGUCCUCCCUCUCAAAGCUUCGCUUGCUGUCUCAGCGACUGAAAUCUCCACCUGUUUCCCCUCAUCCUCCGAAUUCAAUCCCAGCAUCUCCCACUCCUCCUUUACAAAACACGACUCACACCUCCAGUGUGGGGGCGUGUGAGUCAGACCAGAGAUUUCCUGCUGUCAGAAGUAUCACACCUUCACAGGCCUUCCGUAAAGCCCACUGCCUGCCCCCUUCCCGCUACGCAACAGUUGCCCUGCCUGGAUGGCAGUCUCCCAUCAGCCCCUCCACUCCCACACCCUCUCUGGCUCCACCAGUCCGAAACCUCACCACGUCCCCUUCUCUGUCCCUGAGAUCCACCCCCUCCCCAAGGCCGGGGAGUGGAAUUUCAGACUGCAGUGACGGCGAGGGUAAAAAAAGAAAGACACUCAAAAUUAAGUCAAGCUACAAAUCGCUGGCUGCAAUUCCUACAAACAACCUUCUUUUGGAUCAGCAAGCGAUAGAUGAGCAGGUAGAGAAGAACCAGAGUCGGCUCCUGGACAGAGCUGUCACUGACACACACGCAGAGAUGUGCUCUCCAGCUCAACUUCGACAACAGUCAGAGGAGCUUUAUGCAGUAAUUGAUGAGAUCCUGGCAGAUUCCAGUCCUGUUAUCUCAAAGACAUCAAAAACCAACGCUGGUAUUCAGCAUAAAACUCAAUCAUUUCAAAAAUCCUUGGGGCGUGAAACAAAAUAUGCAUCCGUGUGCAGCCUUUAUCCAUCCACCGACAAGUCAAGAACCCUGGUGAAUUCUAAGAAGACAAAACCUGGAAUAGUUCGCCCAAUGACAGCCAUUCCCCGGUUAUCAGUGAAGGACGAAGAUGUCUCUCACUCAAGACCCUUCCGGAAGCUUUUCACUGAGACUUCACCCAUCAAGAAGAAGGAGGGAAAACCAAGUUUCAAUGAGGCAAAGACAAAUUUCUACAAUGGCUCAAACGGAAAGUUGCUGAUGGAGAAGAGAUGGCCUGAAAAAAGUCAAUUUUCAGUGUGUGAGCUUCAUAUCAAAGAGCCUGAUGAGAUCAGCCACCCAAGGAAAGGAACUUCAGCGCCCUUCAGUCGAAUGGAAGAGUUACAAAUUCGUGUUUAAAGUCUAUUUAAUUUUUUGUGUAAACGUUUUGGCAAAGUUAUUGAGUUUAAGAGCAUGGCAUUAAAGUAGGAUGAGGUCUUUCAGUACGUCUUGAUUAUUUUGCCAGAAUGAUCCAAAGGUUUUUUCUUUGCAUGUGGGAGGUUAUCAGCACAAUUACAAACCCGUCUUUUUACUUAAAGACAUCAAAGAAGAUACAAAUUCUGUGUUCCAUCUUAUUUUUUUUAAUAAUAGGUAUUUAGUGACAGUUUAAAGGUUUAAGUUAAGAAGAAAGGUUUGUUUUAAACAUGUUCUUGUGGCAUUUUUCUCAUGAAUGAGGACAUAUAUAAAAACAAUUAAACUUAAAAUUGCAU